AUGACUUGUGACCAUGACAGUCACGUCCACUUCUUCAAGAGAAUCCAAGAAUACACCCUUAGAAAUGGGGAACUGAGGAUACCUCGGAGCUUUGUGAAUAAAUAUUGGGAAGAAAUAUCAAAUCCAAUGUUCCUUUUGCUUCCGAACCGCACCAAAUGGGAAGUGAAUUGGAAAAAGAUUGAUGCUGACGUUUGGUUAAUCGAUAAAUGGAAGAAAUUUGCGGAGUCGUUUUGUUUGGACGAGGAGCAUGUUCUGGUGUUCAGAUAUGUGGGAAAAUCAGAGUUUAAGGUUGUAAUACUUGAUCAAGGUGGGUUGGAGAUAGUGUAUCCUUCGAUGGAAGGACCUUUGGAGGGUGCAGAUAAUGGUAAUCGUUUUGCUCGGCGUAAGAGAGCAAAAUUUCAUUCACCAUCUUCUCCUUCUAAGAAGGUGAAAACCAACCCGAGAAAGGAACCUCAUAGUUAUCCAACACAAGAUGUUGGGUUAAAGAAAUUUUCAGGUGACAAUGUUGAUAAAACAGGUAGAAGAAGUAAAAUGAGAUGUUCAAGAUCUAAGGCUAAUACUAUUAGAAAAAAGGAGUUGUCAGAAGAUACUGAAAGUGGCACUGCUUUGGAGAGAGCUAACUCUUUCCAUUCUGAGAAUCCCUACUUCAUUCGUGAAAUGCAUAGAUCAUACAUUUGUAGUAAUUUCUUGAAUAUGCCGGUCAAUUUCAUAACAGAGGAGCCUCGAAAGGGAAAUAACAGAGUUAGUCUUUCGAUUUCUGAAGAACAAAGUUGGGAUAUGAACUUCUGUCUGAGUAAGGACCUUAGACGAGUGAAGCUUGUUUCUGGUUGGGCCAAUUUUGUAAAGGACAAUAACUUGAAAACAGGGAAUGUGUGUGUUUUUGAGAGAAUUAAGAAGCCAGAAAUCAUCUCAUUUAGGGUUAUUAUUUUCCGUGAUACACAAGAAUCUGGUCCUUCCAACUUUCCGGCAAAUGGUAGCAAACAAACACGACUUCAAAACACUUCUGCUGAUGGAGGCAGUGAUGGAACUCCAAAGAAGCACCCAAGUAAUAACAAUGUCUUUUAUGAUUCUAAAUUCCGUAGAUGCGACAAUGAAAUAUCAGGGAAUCAUUUUUCCCUCUUUGUGAAACCGAAUGAUGUGUGCAUACCAGAGCAAUUCAUCAGAAAUCAUAACAUGGGUGAUGCAGCUAAGGUGAUGCUGAAAGUUGGGAAGAGAACAUUUGCUGUGAGGCUAGAACAUGAUCCAAGACAAAAAUACCAUAAAUUAUGUUUUGGUUGGUCUUACUUUAUGGGUCAAUGCAAGUUGAAUGAAGGUGAUGUCUGUAAUUUUGAGCUGGUUGAUGAGGACAGGUUUAUUUUCCAAGUUAGAGUUGCAACAUGCGUAGAUUGA